GACAUUUUUAAAGGCGGGUUGCAACUAGAUGGGUUACAAAUGAACUUACCCACCCCAUGCCACAUCACUUCUGAAGACUAACACAGCGCGAUUUUGCUGCAAUCCAGGACAAUGGUGAUGCAUGGCAGCAAUAGCUGGCAACUGUUACAUCUGAUGUGAAACGCCAAGAAAAGCACUUGGACGUGUUGGGCUCAGGAUGUCCAGGCGAUGUGUUUCACAUCUGUGUUUUGACAGCAGGCACCAGUUGCACACUCGCUCCUGUGAUCGGGAUCUCUCCUCUCUGUGUGCUAUCACUGAGUGAUGAUGACAACACUUCAUACAUGUGCGCAACCUGAAAUAAUGCCAUCGGAGGGCUAAACGAGGGGGAAAGGUGUUUUAAAUUCUUAUUACGCGGUGAUUUGGGCUCGGUGUUGACUAUGGUGGAGCUGGAGAAGGAGGUUCUGCCGCUGCCACCGCGGUACCGGUUCCGAGACCUGUUGCUCGGGGACUGGCAGACAGACGACAGAGUGCAGGUAGAGUUCUAUGUGAAUGAAAACACUUUCAAGGAGCGUCUCAAGCUGUUCUUCAUCAAAAACCAAAGAUCCAGUUUAAGAGUGAGACUGUUCAACUUCUUCCUGAAGGUUUUGAGCUGCCUGCUGUACAUCAUACGAGUGCUUCUGGACGACCCGCGAGAGGAGAGAGAUUGUCCUGGCUGUCUCAGACAGAACGCCUCUGCCCACAACAGAAGCCAUUUUGACUGGUCCCUCAUUAUUUGGGUGAACAGACCUCUCCCACUCUGGGCUCUUCAGGUGCUUGUUGCAUUCAUCAGUUUUUCAGAGACCAUGUUGCUGGUGUACCUCAGCUACAAGGGCAACCUUUGGGAGCAAGUGUUGCGCAUUCCGUUUAUUCUGGAGAUGAUCAGCGCCGUUCCAUUCGUGAUCACUGUGAUUUUGCCCUCCCUCAGAAACAUAUUCAUCCCUGUGUUCUUAAACUGCUGGUUGGCCAAACACGCUCUCGAGAACAUGAUUAAUGACCUGCACAGAGCGAUCCAGCGCACACAUUCAGCCAUGUUCAACCAGGUCCUCAUCCUCAUCAGCACGCUACUUUGCCUCAUCUUCACCUGUAUUUGUGGCAUUCAACACUUGGAGCGAGCAGGAAAUAAUCUGACUCUCUUCGACUCGCUGUAUUUCUGUGUAGUGACCUUCUCUACGGUGGGCUUUGGUGAUGUCACACCUCAGAUCUGGCCAUCUCAGCUACUGGUGGUCAUUAUGAUCUGUGUGGCUCUUAUAGUUCUGCCAAUUCAGUUUGAGCAGUUAGCUUUCUUGUGGAUGGAGCGGCAGAAGUCUGGAGGCAACUACAGCCGCUACCGAGCACAGACAGAGAAACAUGUGGUGCUGUGUGUUAGCUGCCUGAAGAUAGACCUUCUUAUGGACUUCCUCAAUGAGUUCUUCGCUCAUCCCAGACUGCAGGAUUACUAUGUGGUGAUAUUAUGUCCUGCUGAGAUGGACGUCCAGGUACGGAGAGUCCUCCAUAUCCCGCUGUGGGCUCAGAGAGUCAUCUACCUGCAGGGAUCUGCUCUUAAAGAUCAGGAUCUCAUGAGGGCCAAGAUGGAUGAUGCUGAGGCAUGUUUUAUCCUGAGCAACCGGUUCGAAGUGGACCGCUUUGCGGCUGAUCAUCAGACCAUUCUUAGAGCCUGGGCUGUGAAGGAUUUUGCCCCGAACUGCCCUCUGUACGUGCAGAUCCUCAAACCUGAGAAUAAGUUCCACAUCAAGUUUGCAGACCAUGUGGUUUGCGAGGAGGAGUUUAAGUACGCCAUGUUGGCCCUGAACUGUGUAUGCCCUGCCACUUCCACCCUGAUCACCUUAUUGAUUCAUUCAUCUCGAGGACAAACAGCAUCUUCAGAGGCCUUCAGGCAGCGGGCCGGUGCCUUCCAACAGCUCAACAGGGAGGGCGUUGCUGGCUCGGCCGACCAUUGGCAACGCACCUACAGACGCUGUGCAGCCAAUGAGGUACAUCACAUCCGGCUGGAGGAGAGCAAGUUCUUUGGGGAAUAUCAGGGAAAGAGUUUCACCUUUGCCUCAUUUCACGCACAUAAGAAAUACGGAGUGUGUCUAAUCGGAGUGCGCAGAAUGGACACAGCGAACAUCCUCUUGAACCCUGGUCCCUGUCACAUCAUGGGAGCUUCAGACACCUGUUUCUACAUUAACAUCUCUAAAGAGGAGAACUCAGCGUUUGUCAGGGGCCACAGGGAGCCUGUGAGAGGACCCGGGGUCGACUCCAGAGGAGUCCCUCAGACUAUCUAUCAUGGCCUUACUCGUCUACCAGUACACAGCAUUAUAGCCAGCAUGGGCACGGUAGCCAUAGACCUGCAGGACUCCAGUGACAGCAGUCCGGAGGGGACCGGCCCGGCUGUUUUGGGCAGCGGUCAUCUGAGCAGAAGCGGCUCCAGGGCAGACGUUAUGGGCUGUAACACUCUAGCGUUGCCCGCCGUGAGCGCCUCAGGAGAGGAGAGGAGACACAGCAUUGCCCCGGUCCUGGAGGUGGUGGACGGGGUGCACAGUCCCACAUUCGACCUGCUGGGAGACCAGUCAGAGGACGAGGGAGGAGACGAUGGGAAAGAGGACGAGGGAGGGGAACAGAAGGGCCAGUGGUGGGGCGCUCACUGCGAAUGGGUGAAAGGUUACCCACUGAACUCUCCGUACAUCGGCAGCUCUCCUGCACUUUGCCACCUCCUGCAAGAGAAAAUGCCAUUUUGCUGUCUGCGUCUGGAUAAGGCUUGUCAUCAUAUGCCCUACGAGGAUGCCCGUUCGUACGGCUUCAAAAACAAACUCAUCAUCGUGUCGGCGGAAAGCGCCGGAAACGGCCUGUAUAACUUCAUUGUUCCACUGAGGGCUUAUUACCGGCCCAGGAAAGAGCUUAACCCCAUCGUUCUGCUACUGGAGAACGUACCGGAGGCUGACUUCCUAGAAGCCAUCUGCUGGUUUCCUAUGGUCUUCUACACUGUGGGCUCCAUUGACAAUUUAGACAGUCUUCUACGUUGUGGUGUGACGUUUGCUGACACCAUGGUGGUGGUGGACAAAGAGAGCUCCAUGAUCGCAGAAGAGGAUUACAUGGCCGAUGCCAAGACCAUUGUGAAUGUUCAGACACUUUUUAGGCUUUUUCCAGCUCUCAGUAUUAUAACAGAACUGACCCACCCUGCCAACAUGCGCUUCAUGCAGUUUAAAGUGAAAGACCACUACUCCCUGGCUCUCUCAAAACUGGAGAAGAAAGAGAGAGAGAGAGGCUCCAACCUGGUCUUCAUGUUCAGAUUGCCAUUUGCAGCAGGGAAGGUGUUUAGUGUCAGUAUGCUGGACACUCUGCUGUAUCAGUCCUUCGUAAAAGACUACAUGAUCUCCAUCACCAGGCUGCUGCUAGGUCUGGACUCGAUGCCUGGAUCUGGCUUUCUGUGUGCUAUGAAGAUCACGGAGGAGGAUUUGUGGAUCCGUACUUACGGUCGUCUCUACCAGAAGCUGUGCUCCUCAACAGGAGACAUUCCCAUUGGGAUCUACCGAACUGAAGCUCACAAACUCCCCGUCUCAGAGUCUCAGGUGUCUAUCACGGUGGAGGACUACGAGGAUACGCGAGAGCCCCGGGAGCCUCUGCUUUGCCGCUCCGGUCCUCACCGUAACUCAACCUCAUCCGAACCGCCCUCAUCCUCACAAGCCAUGGACCACCCUCUCCUGAGGAGGAAGAGCAUGCAGUGGGCACGGCGAUUGAGUCGCAAGGGUGGGAGGAGCUCCAGUGGAACCAAGGGUGUGGGGAGCGCCGCCGAGCGCAUCAGCCAGCAGAGACUCAACCUUUUCCGCCGCUCGGAGAGACAGGAACUCAAUGCUCUGGUCCGCACCCGCAUGAAGCACUUGGGUCUCUCGCCGUCUGGAUUUAAUGGUAUGACAGAUCAGGGCAACAGACUCUCUUAUAUCCUCAUCAAUCCCUCCCCUGACACACGCCUUGAACUUCAUGAUGUCGUGUAUCUGAUCAGACCAGAUUUACUGUCAGCGGUGCCUAACCAGGCCAGUGGGCGCAAGCCAAGCGCAGGCCCAGCGGAGGGACACAGAUUUGACACACAGGACAGCACUCAUUUAUGAAUACAAUCACCACCAAAAUCACAGCGUGGAGGUUAAAUAUAAGCUGUGUGUGCAUGUGCACGACUGAAAGAGGUGGAACGUGAUGGAUUGGAUGGAAUGUAGAAAACAACAGCAUGUGGAAAUUUUGGAAAAAAACAGAGGAACUCUGGGAACUGAAUCUACAGUGUAAAAAGUGAUCUGGCUUUUAUAGUUGCCUUCACUCAUCACUCACCAAAGUCAAACUGAAUGUUACAUAGUCAGUACUGAAAUUGUCGUGAGCACAUGAUUUCACAUUUCAAAAAACGAAUAUAUGUUUUGCAUACAGAAAUUGUCUAUUGUGAAUCUUUUUGUUUGUUUGUUUUGUGAAUUAAAUGGAUAGUUCACCCAAAAACGAAAAAUGAUUUGUGUAUCAUCUUACCCUUAUUUAACAAAAUAUUUUCUUUUGAGUUCAACAGAAGACAAAAUCUCUUGAACAACAUGCGGUUGAGAAAAUUAUGAAUUAAUUUUUGGAUGAACUAUCCCUUUAAGCAUUUUUCUCCCAAUGUGUCUUUAGAUUCAUUAUUGUAAAAUAGAUAUUUUUCACAUGUUCAUGUGGAUUUAGUAGACUUAUUAUAUUUUUUCAUCAUAAUAAGUCAUCCUAAAAAUGCAUUUAUAAGUAACAAUGCUCAAAGGACUUUACUACAGCAAUUCAUUCUCUAUGUGAUCCCCACCUUUAAUUUGAGCCAACAUACAUCAUUAUUAAUAAUCAAAGGUUUUUGUUCAGACAUAGCUUGGUACAGUUGGCCGGUGUCAUGUUCCUGUCUUUUUCUCUCUGCUUUUCUGUCUACUGACCUGAUCUAUUAUUUUAAAAAAUAUAAAACAAUACAUUUAAAGAAGAAACUGAUGCAUUCUGAACAGGUGGCUGGUGACUUUCUUUUUUGAGGGCGCACAAUGUGAAGCUUGUUACAACAUGUAUUUAGCCCGUUAUGUGUGUGGCUCGUCAUAUCAAAAUAUGUGUUUGGCGCGUCGUGUUCACUUAUGUGCAUAACGCGUCAUGUCAAAAUACGUGCCUGCUGCAGACGCUUCAAAGGGGUUUCUGAUAAAAGAGACGCACUCCAAACACAUGACGAGCCACACACGACACUCCGAACACAUAUUUUGACAUGACGAGCACGCACGUGACACUCCAAACACAUAUUUUGACAUGAUGAGCCACACACGAUGCACCAAACGCAUAUUUUGACAUUACGAGCACGCACUUGACACUUCAAACACAUAUUUUGACAUGAUGAGCCACACACGACGCACCGAACGCAUAUUUUGACAUUACGAGCACGCACUUGACACACAGAACACAUAUUAUGACAUGACGAGCAACACACGACUCUACAAACACAUAUUUUGACAUGACGAGCCACACACGACACACCAAACACAUAUUUUGACAUGACGAGCCACACACGACACUCCGAACACAUAUUUUGACAUGACGAGCACGCACGUGACACUCCAAACACAUAUUUUGACAUGAUGAGCCACACACGACGCACCAAACGCAUAUUUUGACAUUACGAGCACGCACUUGACACUUCAAACACAUAUUUUGACAUGAUGAGCCACACACGACGCACCGAACACAUAUUUUGACAUGACGAGCCACACACGACACACAGAACACAUAUUAUGACAUGACGAGCAACACACGACUCUACAAACACAUAUUUUGACAUGACGAGCCACACACGACACACCAAACACAUAUUUUGACAUGACGAGCCCCACACAACACACCAAACACAUAUUUUGACAUGACAAGCCACACACAUGACGCACCGAACACAUAUUUUGACAUGACGAGGCACACACGACACACCAAACACAUAUUUUGACAUGACGAGCCCCACACGACACACCAAACACAUAUUUUGACAUGACAAGCCACACACAUGACGCACCGAACACAUAUUUUGACAUGACGAGGCAAACACGACACACCAAACACAUAUUUUGACAUGAUGAGCCACACACAUGUCACCGACCACAUAUUUUGACAUGCCGAGCCACACACGACACACCAAGCACAUUUUGACAUGACGUGCCACACACAUGACGCACCGAACACAUAUUUUGACAUGACAAGCCACACACGACACACCAAACACAUAUUUAAACAUGACGAGCAUGCACGUGACACUCUAAACACAUAUUUUGACAUGACGAGCCACACACAUCACACCGAACACAUAUUUUGACAUGACGAGCCACACACGACACACCAAACACAUAUUUUGACAUGACGAGCCACACACAUGACGCACCGAACACAUAUUUUGACAUGACAAGCCACACACGACACACCAAACACAUAUUUAAACAUGACGAGCAUCCACAUGACACUCCAAACACAUAUUUUGACAUGACGAGCCACACACAUCACACCGAACACAUAUUUUGACAUGACGAGCCACACACGACACACCAAACACAUAUUUUGACAUGACGAGCCACACACGACACACCAAACACAUAUUUUGACAUGACGAGCCACACACAUGCACCGAAUAGAUAUUUUGAAAUGCAGCAUUUUUGUCAAAUCAAUAUAUAUAUUAUGUUACUUUAAUUAAUAAAAACUAGUUGAAAUUGUUUAACUUAUUUUUAUAAGUUAUGUCAACUUAUCACAGGUCAAAACUUAAAAUAGUAGGUUGAGUUGACUUUGUUUGUUUUACCUUUAUGUUGCAUUUUUGAGUGCAGGGAAUACACAUACUGAUAAAAUAUAUAUAUCAUAAUUCACUCUUAAGUUGCUUUCGAGAAAAGCGUCUGCCAAAUGCGUAAAUGUAAAAUGUCAAAGUGUCUGUUAAAUGUAAAGAAAAUGGAAACAACUGAAAUAUGUGAAAAUACUUUCAUUUGUUGUUUUGAUUAACAAACAUUUGUCAUCAUUUUCACAACUAACAAUAACAAUAACUUUCUUAAAUUUCACAAAUGAAAAUAGAUUUAUAAUAAAAAGCUCAAUUUGGUUGUUUAAAAAGUUUAAGCAUUAAAUCACUUUUUACAGUGUGAUCUUAUCCUUAUUUUCUUACUAGAGGACUUUCCAAUGCAUGGAUUUUUUCCAUUUAAUUUUUGCAUCAAAUUAUUUUCAAUGUAAGAGAACCGAGGCCACACAAGUGCAUUUAAAUAAGUUGUUUGUAUUAGUCUCUGUGCAUGUGAAUGUAGGCCUAUGUGAAAUAGCCACAGCACUGCCGUUCUUGGAGCGUCAAAGGAACACAUUGCCAAGUGUACUUUGAAAGGAUACAGGAUGUUCACUGCUGUCAUGUGUUUCAAUGUUUGUCAACAGCUUGAGAUCUCGGGAAGGAUUUUUCAGAUGGUCUAAAUGCAAUCUGAGAAGAGGUGGUCGUACGGUCAUGAACGGUUUUUAAUACUAUUUAUCAUUUCCUUAGCUUUUCUAAACUUGCAUACUAGUUUGUUUGAAUUAAGGCAUCAAAAGAGGAGCUUAUUUAAUGGACCAAACAAAUUUACAAUAAUGUGUUUUCUUUCUUUUAUUUAUUUUUGAGGACACUUUAGGAACAAGCAUUUUGUGUUCAAAAUUUCCAAAUUGUCUCUUUGAACAAAACUGGAUUAUUUCUGUAUGUGUUUGAUGUUUGCAUUGAUAAGAUCUGUUCAGCUACUGUUUCGUGGGUUUCUUUGUUCUGAUUUUACCAAGGCUGUUUUUGUAAUUUGGUCAGGUUAAUAUCCUGUUGCUGGCAUGCAUGCUACAGAUCACGCAUGCAUAGACCAAGGAUUUGUUCGUCCUGCUAUAAAUAACAGGAAUGAAUGUACCAUCCCCUUGCUCUGUGUUCAUAAUGCACUAUUGCCUUGAUUCAGUGCCAUUCAAACACAUGAGAAUAAUAAAAUCAGCAAAACCAAUGAC